UUUGAUACCUCCAUAUCCAUAGACAUAACUGGAGAAUCGCAAUCGCUUGGUUUAGUUUCAGUGCGCGUUAUUUAGUCUGCUCAAUUGUUGCACUUUUUUUGCAAAUCUAUUCAAAUUAUAUAUUUUCGUAUUGAAACUUUAAUAAAUAAAUUCUAUCGUAGAUAUUACACAAAGGCGGCUACGACGACGACGACGCUUCGUAUUGCGAUUUAGGUGAUUGGAUUUUUCUGCAACAUGGAGGGUCAAAAAGGAUCCGGUGCCGGAAGAGCACGUGGUCAAGGAAGAGCUUCACGCCAACAACAAGGUGGUGCAAAUGGAAGCGGUGGAGGUGGAGGUGGUGGUCGACGGCCUCCUAAUGCUCAAACUCCGGGUCAGAAUUCCAACUGGAGGCAAGGUGGUGGAGGAGGAGGAGGUGGCGGCGGCGGAGGUUAUGGAGGAGGUGGCGGCGGCGCAGGUUAUGGAGGAGGUGGUAAUGGUUAUGGAGGAGGUGGAAAUGGUCGUGGUGGAGGUGGUGGUGGAAACGGUCGUGGUGGUGGUGGUGGUGAUCACCAUCAGCAGUCAGGUUGGAGUGGACAAAGAGGUGGACAACAGCAAGGAGCAUGGGGUGGUGGCCAACAGCAACAACAACCACCACACCGGCAACCUCAACAAUCUGGUCCAGCACCACAACAACAACCUGCUUGGGGUGGUGGCCAAGGUGCUCGUCAACCACAUCCAUCAACAUCAGCACCAACUUCCGCUCCACAACAACGUGCUCCAGCACCUUUAAUUCAGGGCAGAGCCACUACUCAUGGAACAGAAGUUGCCAAGGAAGAAGGACGUGGAUCAGUUCGUGGAAGACGUGUUAUCAGCGAAUUCAUUGCUACCCGUCCAAAAGAAUGCGUCUCAAAGUGCGGCAAAACCGGUCAACCUGUCACCGUUCAGGCUAACUACUAUCGCGUCCUCAAAAAACCCAAAUGGUCCAUAUUCCAAUAUCGCAUUGAUUUCUCACCCGAUGUUGAUUUGAUUCGGGCUCGUCGUACUUAUAUCUACGAACAUCGUGAACUAUUUGGUGGUUAUUUGUUUGAUGGCGCCAUGCUCUUCACAAGUACCAAUUUAAAUGCACCAAUCAAGGAAUUGUACUGCAAAAAUAAGGAAGGUGAACCAAUACAAAUAAAAGUAAAAAAUGUCGGUGAAAUUAAAGUUACCGACAUUCAAUUGUUGCAAGUAUUGAAUUUGAUUUUGAGACGUUCGAUGGAAGGAUUAAAUCUUCAAUUAGUUGGCAGAAACUUUUUUGAUCCUGUUGCUAAGAUUUGUGUACCAAAUCACAAAUUGGAGAUCUGGCCAGGUUACACAACUUCCAUUCGUCAACACGAACAAGAUAUUCUGCUUUGCGCUGAAAUUACGCACAAAAUUAUGCGAACUGAUACACUUUUACAGAUUUUGAUCAAAUGCGCCCAAGAAAGUGGCGAUUAUCAAAAUAUAUUUAAAAAAGAAGUUGUCGGAAUGGUGGUCUUGACUGACUACAACAACAAGACCUAUCGCAUUGAUGAUGUUGACUUUAAUCAGACACCAAUGUCAACAUUCAACACCAAAGAUGGUGAUGUCUCUUAUCUUGAUUAUUAUCAGAAGCGUUAUAAGCUUCAAAUUCGAGACCGCAAACAACCGCUGUUAGUUUCUCGUCCAACCGAGAAGAAUAUUCGUGGAGGACAAAAUGAAUUCAUAAUGCUUAUUCCUGAGCUUUCAAGAGCAACUGGCUUGAAUGACGAAAUGAAGAACAACAGAAAUCUCAUGAGAGCAAUUGCUGAUCAUACUCGUUUAGCUCCAGAGCCCCGUAUUGAACGAUUAAGAAUGUUCCACAAACGUUUGGAUGGAGCAGAAUCGUCUAAAGAAGUAUUAAAAUCAUGGGAUUUGCAGUUAGAUUCAAAACUUGUUGAAUUGCCAGGUCGUAUUCUUCGUCCUGAGAACAUUUUGUUUGCCAACAAUCGAAAGUACACUUGCGACAAGAAUGCUGAUUGGAAUAGAGAAUUCCGUAACAAUAGUAUGUUCGUUCAAAAGGAAGUCAAGAGAUGGUAUUUGAUUGUUCCACAACGUUUUAGUCGUGAGGGUAAUGAUUUUGUGAGGCUUAUGCGUCAAGCAGCAAAUGGAAUGAAGAUGAACAUAGCCGAACCACGCAUUAUGGAAAUGCCGGAUGACAGGAAUCCAUCGUAUGCCUCAGCUAUUGAGACGGCUUGCAACAGCGAUCCACAAAUCUUGGUUAUCGUUGUGUCCAAUGACAACGCUGAAAGAUAUAGUUGCAUUAAAAAGAAAUGUAUUGUCGAUCGUGCCAUUCCUUCGCAAGUACUUAAUUUGCGCACCAUUGCUCCUCGUGGCAAGACCUCAGGCUUAAUGUCUGUCGCAACCAAAGUUGUAAUUCAGGUUAACGCCAAAUUACUUGGAGCUCCAUGGAUGAUCGAACUGCCAAUGCAAGGUCUAAUGACAGUUGGAUUUGAUGUAUGUCACAGCGCAAGAGAUUCUCUGAAGUCCUAUGGAGCACUAGUCGCCACUAUGGAUAUGCGAGCAUCUACCAGCUACUUCAGUGCAGUCACUGAACAUAUGAAGGGCCAGGAGCUUUCUAAUGAAAUUGUAAUUAAUAUGAACAAAGCCCUUAAAAGUUAUCGCGAUACUCACGGGGCGUUACCUGAAAGGAUUCUCUUUUUCCGCGAUGGUGUCGGUGAUGGACAACUCCAAGAGGUUGUCGACAACGAGAUAACACAUCUCAAAACCAAACUUGAUCAAAUAUACAAAGAUGCCGGAAUUGAGAGAGGCUGUCGAUUGGCGUUUAUUGUUGUGUCUAAACGAAUUAACACGCGUCUAUUCGUCAAAGCCCAGAAUCCACAGCCUGGGUUAGUUGUGGAUGAUGUGGUUACACUGCCAGAGCGCUAUGACUUCUUCUUAGUGUCGCAGAGCGUUCGCCAGGGAACUGUGUCGCCGACCAGUUACAAUGUUAUACACGAUUCAAUGGGUCUCGAAGCCGACCGCCUUCAAAUACUAUCGUACAAAAUGACCCACAUGUACUUCAAUUGGUCAGGUACUUGUCGUGUUCCCGCUGUAUGCCAGUAUGCCCAUAAAUUGGCAUUCAUGGUGGCACAAUAUUUACAUAGGGCACCAUCGAAUGCUCUUGAGAAUCAACUAUAUUUCUUGUAGAUAGUUGGCGACUGGACUCUGUUAAACAGGUGUUCCUAUUUUUCUUUUUUUAUUGUUAAUGACAAACAUACUAUUUUUUAUAUACAUUUAAUAUAUAUAUAUAUAAGUGACAUUCGACAAUUUAAGAAGAAAAAAAGAAAAAGUUUAAGAUAGGUGAUAACUUUUUUAGUUGAAAGCAGACUGCCAUCAGCAUGACGCAUGUUAAUGGAAGUUUACUAUUGUUACUCUUAUAAUUAGUUUUUUUAUUUUUAUUUCUUUGGAAUUCUUUUCUUACCUUGAAAAAACAUGAUAAAUUGCUGAAACGUAUUGAUCAUAAUCAUUGAGACGAAAAGAAAACCCACACAAUCUUUACAUGAUAAUUUGUAAGUUUUCAAAUGAAUGAAUUUUUGUUUUACCAGAGCUCUGCAUUUUUCAAUAAGUUUCUUUUUCUGUAAAAAAAAUAGUGUUUCAAUGAAAAAAGUCGCGAUUCUCGAUUUGUGAUAGUUUUCUUUUUGGCGGCCGAUUAAAUUUUGAUCUGUAAUAAAAACAUCCCUCCAAUGUUUCCAUUAAAAAUAAGAAAAAAAUAAAAAAUAAUUGUAUUCCUCCACGCA